UUUUCUCAGCCAUUCGAAAUUUAGCAAAACUUUUGUAAAAUUUUUAACACAGUCGUCAACAAUGGAGGACGAUGCAUCGGGAGCAGUUCUUCUAAAGAAGGAUCAAACUUCCUCUUAUGAGGAAACAGAUCUUGUGGAAAAAGAUCAUCCUACUUUUGUAGAGGAAGAAGUUCUUCAGGUGAAAGAUGGUCAUGGCUCACCAGAGAAAACCGUUCUUGCGGCGAAGGAAAAGCCAACGUCUACUGAGGAAACCUUGAAGGUUGAAGAAAAAGUUUUAAAGCAGUAUACCUUUUGUGUGUUUCAAGAAGAAUCGCACCUCGGUGUUCUGCAGAGUCUCAUAGACAAGGAGCUAUCCGAACCGUACUCCAUUUACACAUAUCGCUACUUUGUGUACAACUGGCCAGAUCUUUGCUUCUUUGCCUUGGAUGGAGGUCGCUAUGUGGGCGUGAUAGUGUGCAAGCUGGAAUCGAUAUUAGGGGAAUUUCUGCAGGGUUACAUCGCCAUGCUGGCGGUGGAUGUGGAGUAUAGGAAGCGGGGUAUUGGAAGGGCUCUAUCUGAAAUGGCCAUCGAUGCCAUGGCAAUGAAGAAUGCAGCCAUGAUUGUCCUGGAAACGGAGCUGACCAACAAACCUGCAUUGGCUCUCUAUCAAAGUCUUGGAUUCAUUCGGGAGCGGCGACUUUUGCGUUACUACAUGAACGGGGUGGACGCCUUCCGUCUGAAGCUGAUGCUCCACGAUUCCAGAGACUUGCCCUUGAGCGAGGAUUAAUGUAGUUAGACAUAUUUUUAUUUAUUAAUGAACGAAUGCUUCUGA